UCAGCAUCGCAGAGGGAAGCAACAUGGAGACGAUCCCUCCAAACACUCCGACACUCAGAUCAGAAGAUGAAGACGCGCUGGCAUCCCAUGUGCUGGAGAUCAUCGGUGGGAUCACUCUCGAGGCCUUAAAGACUCUGGAGGAGGCUGAGGACAGAGAGUUGUGGUUAAUGGAGGAGGGAGAUGACUCUGUGUUUUACAGUGAUGAGGAGCAAGCUCACCAGGGCAACAAAGAUGCCACAUCAUAUGACUUUGGUGCCAAACAGCGUGUCAACAGUGCUGUUGAGCUUUACCAGCAGAGGGAGGAUGUUCCAGGAGAAGUAGUCAUUAUUGACAAAGAGAUGGAGAGGAAAACAAGCCAGCAGGUGAUUUGGAGUGAAGAGGAAUGCCGAAAGCUCCAGACAACAAAAACUGAACAAAUGCAUGUGUCAGAGUCUGGUGCAACUCCAGAAAACUUGGUGAGAACUUGGGGAGAAUUUCUGCAAGCAAGCUGCACAACUGUAGACAUGCAAACACAACCUGAGAAAAAUAUACCAACAGACACAGCGAAUCGACGAGUUAAGGAAGAAGAAGUGGAAACACCACAACUUGAUUCCUUUGAAGUAUUUAAUGAGAGCAGUACAAGGCCGAGCAGGGCGGCAGGAGUCCCAAAACAGCUGUCUGGCGCCGAACGCCACAUAUCGGGUGACAGGCGGCCUGAGGUGGACCAGGAAGCCCAGCAGGACCGCGGCUUUCAUGGAUUUCAUCAAAACCCCAGUCCAGGUUCCUAUACCCUGCCUCUGCCGAAGAAAUGCGGCGGCGGUGACGCCUUCAACCACCUCACCUCCUCCAAGUACAGCACCGUGUCCUACCGCAGGAUCCGCAGAGGCAACACUCGCCAGAAGAUAAAGGAGUUUGAGCACAUGCUGAUGAAUAAGUAAGACGAGGGCUUCGUUGUUAUUUUUGUGGACAUAACAAUGAAUGAGCAUGUGUGCCAUGUGGUGUACGAUUUAUACAUCUGUUUGUUCUAUAAUCUACUUGUGUUGAAUCUCUGAUGCAUCUUCCAGGGUGCCAUAAACCUUACAUACGUCUAAAUAAAAGGUUCUUUUUGUAUUUGUUGUAUUUCACUGUGUUUCUAAGAGGUACUCGAUGUUUUAAUGUGAUGAUUUUGGAAGGAUGUUUGUGUCGCAGAAUAAGCAAAUGUGAAGCUCAGUGCUUUGUAAUUGUAUUCGCUAUAAUAACUAAGAUGUUGUUCAGUGCUAGAGCUUCAGUAGUUUAACCAAAGUAGGGUUAUGUCUUUUCUAAGAGAUCAUGUAAACACACAAACGUAGAAUUCCAAAAGACAAUAAAGAAGUCAGUGGGAUUAAAUCUU